AUGCAAGUGAUGAAAUCAAUCUCUCAAAUAGAGGCACCACCACCACUGUCACCAUCACCGUUGGAGCUUGACAUGAGGCCUUAUGAGAUGGUACACCACCUGGCAUCGUGCAACGCCGUGGUGGUGUUCAGCAUGAGCGAUUGCUGCAUGUCCACGGUGGCCAAACGCCUCCUCUUCAGCCUCGGCGUCGGCCCUACCGUGGUGGAGCUCGACGAGCAGGCCGAUGGCCCUGGCAUCCGGUCAGUCCUCUACCAGCUUGCCGGGGCGCAUCAGCCUGUUCCUGCUGUCUUCAUUGGUGGCAAGUUUCUUGGUGGGGUGCAAACCCUCAUGGCCAGCCAUAUAAACGGCACUCUAGUUCCUCUCCUUAAGGAAGCCGGGGCUCUUUGGCUCUGA